AAUAAAUCUGUUUUAAUCAACUUUUAAGACUAUCAAAUGUGAUUCUUCCUACCGCAGUUGUGACCCUCUCCAUCGCCGCUCAAGUACCGGACGCGCCGUCGUCACUAUACCGGCGGAGCAACUACUGCCAUGGCUAUUGAAUGCCUUGUCCUAGGCGCAGGACAAGAUGUUGGGAAGAGCUGCGUGAUUGUGAAGAUAAACGGUAAGAGCAUAAUGUUCGACUGCGGAAUCCAUACAGGCUACCAAGAUCACCGCCGAUACCCCGACUUUUCUUUGAUUUCGGCAAACUCCGGUGACUUUACUGAUUCACUCUCAUGCAUAAUUAUCACACACUUUCAUUUGGAUCACAUUGGAGCCCUACCGUAUUUUACUCAAGUUUGUGGCUACAAUGGCCCCAUUUACAUGACCUAUCCGACAAAAGCCCUGGCUCCAAUAAUGCUUGAGGAUUAUCGGAAACUGAUAUUUGAAGGAAGGGAAGAGGAAAAGCAGUUCAGUUCCGAGGAUAUUGCUGAAUGUAUGAAGAAAGUCACUGCAGUAGAUCUGAAGCAGACUAUUCAGGUUGAUAAAGACCUCCAGAUUCGUGCAUAUUACGCAGGGCAUGUUAUUGGGGCUGCAAUGUUUUAUGCCAAAGUGGGAGAUUCUGCCAUGGUGUAUACUGGGGAUUACAACAUGACAGCUGAUAGACACCUUGGAGCAGCUCAAAUUGACCGACUGCAGCUGGACCUUGUUAUAACUGAGUCGACCUAUGCAACGUCAUAUCGUGAUUCAAAAUAUGUUCGAGAGAGAGAAUUUCUGAAAGUGGUGCACAAUUGUGUGGCUGGUGGGGGAAAGGUUCUAAUUCCGACAUUUGCUCUUGGGAGAGCUCAGGAGCUCUGUAUGAUAUUAGAUGACUACUGGGAGAAGACGAAUCUUAAAGUGCCUAUAUAUUUCUCAGCAGAUUCAUUCUCAGGUUUGACCUUACAAGCAAAUAUGUAUUAUAAAAUUCUCAUCAACUGGACUAGCCAAAAGGUCAAAGAUACUUAUACUACACGCAAUCCAUUCGACUUCAAAAAUGUCUGCAGUUUCGAUCGUUCGUUGAUACACGCCCCCGGACCAUGUGUUCUUUUUGCUACACCGGCAAUGAUAAGUGGUUUCUCACUUGAUGUUUUCAAGCUGUGGGCUCCAGAUGAAAGGAAUCUUGUAACACUAACUGGAUAUUGUGGAUCUGGAACUAUAGGACGCAAACUGAUGGUAGCCAAACCACCGACCCGAAUUACGCUCGAUGACAAUGUCCAACUCGAUGUGCGCUGCCAGAUUUAUCAACUAUCUUUUAGUCCUCAUACCGAUGCCAAAGGAAUCAUGGAUCUCGUAAAGUUUCUCUCCCCGAAGCACGUGAUUCUUGUACAUGGAGAAAAGCCUAAAAUGGUCAAGCUGAAAGAAAUAAUCGAGUCUGAAUUGGAAAUUCCAUGUUACCAUCCAGCAAACCACGAAACUUUGCACAUUCCUUCGACUCGUCGCAUUGAAGCCAGCGCCUCGGAUGCGUUUCUGCAGAGUUGCCUGUGUCCAAAUUUCAAGUUUUUGAAAACCGACCCUAGACAAGAUUCUGAAUUGGACGAUGACUCCAACAACAAGAGAAAAAUGCCUCAGUUGCAGGUUUGUGAGAAUAGAGUGGCUCAAGGGUUGUUAAUAACCCUACAGAAGAAUCAGAGUCGAAAAGUAGUAACUGAAAAUGAAUUGAUUGACACCAUAGGAACAGAAAUUCAUGAAGAGAAGUUUGCUUACUGUUGCCCUAUAUACUUUCCCAAUUCGGAAAGUAGAGAUAUAUCUUCGUUCCACCUUAUAUUAUUCGGAAAGCUUUCCAGAGAAUUUCCGGAUCUUAAUAUACAAGAUUGCGAAGAUGUUAUACGAAUUCAGUCGUUUGUCGGAUCUUUUUGUUCGAAGGCAAAGUGCCCUUACAGGACUGAUGUUAGUUUUCAGAGUGUAUUGGACACUGUACAUUUCUGCUGCGCGUGGUCAAUGGGAGAUGAAGAGCUUGCUUGGAGAGUAAUUUCAACUAUGAAAAAUUUGAAGUUGAGCGAUCGCAUAGAGACGUAAAAAGAAAAAGCUUAGUAUUAAAUCUUUGGUCGAUUGGCGGAUUAUUUAUUAGUCCUGUUUAUUUAGCUCAUAGGUAUUUCUUGACGUAUCGAAUAUUUGAGAAAUAUAUUUACCUUUGAAGACAGCAAUUUACAU